CAUUUCCAUAGCCAAAUUUCCUAAACUAUAUCAGUGGUUAAAUGAGAGUAAAUUUCCUAUGAAUUAAAAUAGGGCCUUGAAAUUUUUUAAUAUUGGUAUAUUUAAAAAAUAAUGCCAUUUUAUUUGACAGAUGGAAUGUGGUGUGAUAAAUGUAGUACUAAUUUCAAACAUAAAUCAAUAAACAUUGGUCUCUAGCUAUAAGAGAAAUUCUAUAAGUAGAAAAAUUGACUGACCCCCACCACCCAUAGGUGCUGUCCUGCUAUGGAAUCCCUUUGCUCAGUUUUCUCCUGUCCAAUCAGGUGGAAUGUUUGACAGGCACAUGGUUUAUACAGCUCAAAAUAACUUGGGACCUGUGAGCUGACAAAUGCUCUGGCUCCGGUGGUGACAGGUUGUCCAGCUUCUUACAGCCAUCUUCACUGAAACUAAGGUUAACUCCUCACUCUCUAUGGACGGCUGCUUUCUAUUUCCAAGGGCGUGAAGAAUUUACUUUUUCUCCUGUGCAUUCAUCUGAAAGUUCUCCUUGGAUAAUUAUCAUCACAGUGGAGUGCCUGGGCUGGACAUUCUCAUCUGGGUCAACUAAAAAAAGAAAGCAUGCAAGACGACAGCAUAGAAGCUUCUACUUCCAUUUCUCAGCUUCUCAGAGAGAGCUAUUUAGCAGAAACUAGACAUCGGGGAAACAAUGAGAGAAGUCGAGCAGAGCCUUCCUCCAACCCUUUCCACUUUGGCAGCCCUUCUGGAGCUGCUGAAGGAGGUGGAGGCCAAGAUGACCUUCCAGAUCUUUCAGCUUUUCUGAGCCAAGAAGAAUUAGAUGAAAGUGUCAAUCUGGCAAGAUUGGCCAUCAAUUAUGACCCUUUGGAGAAAGCAGAUGAAACUCAAGCUAGAAAACGUCUUUCUUCUGAUCAGAUGAAACACCCAUCUAAAUCCAGUUUUGACCCUGACUUCCACCAGGAUAACUCUCGAAGUUCUAAAGAGAGCCCUCAGGAGGCACCAAGGCCGCAAUAUAGUUCUGAGGCCCAGUCCAAAAAAGUAUUCUUAAAUAAGGCUGCUGAUUUCAUCGAAGAGCUGUCCUCCCUUUUCAAAGCCCAUAGCUCCAAAAGGAUUAGACCUCGUGCCUGCAAAAACCACAAGAGCAAACUGGAAUCUCAAAACAAAGUUCUACAGGAAAAUAGCUCCAGUUUCUCAGCUCUGUCAGAAAGAAGAGAAAGAUCUUCUGUUCCCAUCCCCAUCCCUGCAGAUACUAGAGAUAAUGAAGUGAACCAUGCCCUCGAACAGCAGGAAGCCAAGCGGCGUGAGGCCGAGCAGGCUGCCGGUGAGGCAGCAGGUGGGGACACCACCCCAGGGUCCUCUCCUUCAUCCUUGUACUAUGAAGAACCUCUGGGGCAACCUCCCCGAUUCACUCAAAAGUUAUGGAGCAGAGAAGUUCCAGAAGGAACCAGAGUACAGUUGGAUUGCAUAGUGGUAGGAAUUCCACCACCUCAAGUAAGGUGGUACUGUGAAGGCAAGGAGCUCGAAAAUUCCCCAGACAUCCACAUUGUCCAGGCAGGAAAUCUGCACUCACUGACCAUUGCUGAAGCCUUCGAAGAGGACACAGGACGCUAUUCCUGCUUUGCUUCUAACAUCUAUGGGACAGAUUCGACGUCUGCUGAGAUUUACAUAGAAGGGGCUUCUUCUUCUGACUCAGAAGGGGACCCUAACAAGGAAGAGAUGAAUCGAAUCCAGAAGCCAAAUGAGGUGUCAUCUCCUCCCACUACUUCUGCAGCCAUUCCUUCAGCAGUACCCCAAGCCCAGCAUGUGGUGACCCGGCCGAGUGUGUCAACCAUCCAACAGUGUCGGAGUCCUACCAACUAUUUGCAAGGACUGGAUGGAAAACCCAUCAUUGCAGCUCCUGUGUUUACAAAGAUGUUACAAAAUUUAUCAGCCUCUGAGGGUCAGCUGGUUGUCUUUGAAUGCAGAGUAAAAGGAGCUCCAUCUCCUAAAGUUGAGUGGUAUAGAGAAGGGACCUUGAUAGAAGAUUCUCCAGAUUUUAGAAUUUUACAGAAAAAACCUCGAUCCAUGGCAGAGCCAGAGGAGAUUUGUACUUUGGUCAUUGCUGAAGUAUUUGCAGAAGACUCUGGGUGCUUCACGUGUACUGCAAGCAACAAGUACGGCACAGUGUCAAGCAUUGCACAGCUAGAUGUAAGAGGAAAUGAAGACCUCAGAAAUAACGGGGCUCUUCACUCGGCCAACUCCACCACCAAUCUGGCUGUUACUGAGCAACAGCCGUCCCCACCCAACCCACAGCCCCCUUCUGCGGAACACCCCCCUAAGCCCAAACUCGAAGGGGUUCUGGUGAACCACAACGAGCCCCGGUCCAGCUCGAGGAUCGGGCUCCGAGUGCACUUCAACCUGCCUGAAGAUGACAAAGGAAGCAAAGUGUCCCCUGAGGGCGGCGUGGCGACCAGCAACCAGACCAGGCCUGAUUCUUUCCUGGACAGAUUCAAUGGACAGGGGCCAAAAGUCCCAGAGCCUUCCUCACCUGUCAAAGAGCCCCCUCCCGUCCUGGCCAAACCCAAACUCGACUCCAGUCAGCUCCAACAGCUUCACAACCAAGUCUUACUGGAACAACAGCAGCUGCAGAACCCGUCUCCUUCAUCUCCUAAGGAGUUUCCGUUCAACAUGAGUGCUUUGAACUCCACCGCUCCCGCAGCUGGGAUGACGUCCAGCAGGCACGUGAAGGCCCCCGCCUCGCAGACGUUCAGCUUGGCCCGGCCGAAGCAUUUCUUCCCCUCCACGAGCACCACCCCGGCAGCCUCGUCGCCUUCCAGCUCUCCAGUGUUCACCCUGAGCAGCGCUCCUCAAACCAUUCAGAGGACAGUGAGCAAAGAGAGCCUCUUAGUUUCCCACCCCUUCUUGCAAACCAAAUCCCUAGGAGGAGCUUCCGUCCAACACGAGCCCCCCGCUCCAGGUCCAAUAGAGCCAGCACAACCGCCAUUCACAUUUUCCAUCUCCAGCGGAAACCAGUUCCAGCCCCGCUGUGUGUCCCCAGCUCCUGUCUCUCCCACCAGCCGGAUUCAGAAUCCAGUGGCUUUCCUCAGCUCCGUCCUGCCUUCUCUUCCCGCCAUCCCACCCACCAAUGCCAUGGGGCUGCCUAGAAGUGCACCGUCCACGCCAUCCCAGGGACUAAUGAAGAAAAAUACAAAGUCUCCCCAGCCAGUGAAUGAUGAUUACAUUCGCGAAGCUAAGAAUGCAGUGAUUCUAGACCUGGGGAAAAAAGUGAAUUUCAGUGAUAUCAGAUCAAAUCAGCAGGAGUACAAAAUUUCAAGCUUUGAGCAGAGACUGAUGAAUGAAAUAGAGUUUCGCUUGGAACGUACCCCGGUUGAUGAAUCAGACGAUGAAAUCCAACAUGACGAGAUCCCCACGGGCAAGUGCAUUGCUCCCAUCUUUGACAAAAGACUCAAGCACUUUCGAGUCACAGAAGGCUCUCCAGUCACAUUCACCUGCAAAAUUGUUGGAAUACCUGUUCCAAAGGUCUACUGGUUCAAAGACGGGAAGCAGAUUUCAAAGAGGAAUGAGCACUGCAAAAUGAGGCGAGAAGGAGACGGGACAUGUUCUCUGCACAUUGACUCCACCGCCAGUGACGACGAUGGCAACUAUACGAUCAUGGCUGCCAACCCCCAGGGAAGAAUCAGCUGUUCUGGCCACUUAAUGGUACAAAGUUUGCCUAUUCGCAGUCGACUAACACCUACCAGUCAGUCUCACAGAGGAAGGUCCCGAGUGCAAGAAAGAGACAAGGAGCCCCUACAGGAACGCUUUUUCCGACCACAUUUCCUGCAGGCUCCUGGGGAUAUGGUAGCUCAUGAGGGGCGCCUCUGUCGGCUGGACUGUAAGGUGAGUGGCUUACCGCCCCCAGAGCUGACGUGGCUGCUCAAUGGCCAGCCUGUGCUGCCAGACGCCUCCCACAAGAUGCUGGUCAGGGAGACCGGAGUCCACUCUCUGCUCAUCGACCCACUCACUCAACGUGAUGCGGGGACCUACACGUGCGUUGCUACCAACAAGACAGGACAGAAUUCCUUUAGUCUGGAGCUCACCGUAGUAGCCAAAGAGGUGAAGAAAGCCCCUGUGAUCCUGGAGAAACUGCAGAACAGCGGAGUUCCCGAAGGCCACCUGGUGAGGCUGGAGUGCCGGGUGAUAGGCAUGCCCCCACCCGUGUUCUACUGGAAGAAGGACAACGAGACCAUUCCUUUCACCAGAGAGAGGAUCAGUAUGCACCAGGACACAACAGGGUAUGUCUGCCUCCUCAUUCAGCCAGCCAAGAAAUCAGACGCCGGAUGGUACACACUAUCAGCCAAGAAUGAAGCUGGCAUCGUGUCGUGCACUGCGAGGUUGGAUAUAUAUGCUCAGUGGCACCAGCAGAUCCCACCGCCCAUCUCCGUCCGGCCCAGUGGCAGUCGCUAUGGAUCUCUCACCAGUAAAGGACUUGACAUUUUCUCUGCCUUCUCCUCUAUGGAAAGCACGAUGGUGUAUUCAUGCUCUUCUCGAAGUGUAGUGGAGAGCGAUGAACUCUAAGAAGGCCUGGGUGCCUGCCGUGUCAGGGGCAGACUGGAGGGGGAAGGAGGACAAGCCAGAGCCAGUGUUUUCCAAGCAACUGGAUCUGAGAAAGUUCCCACGCUGCUGGACCUGUGGCAAGGAGCGCUUUGUGCAAGUCAGCUGGCGACUCUCGCAGUCUCGGCUGGGGAGGAGAUGUAGGGCUGUGCCUUUUAAAGAUUCCAACAAAAAUGUGAGAAGACAAUAACAGAUGAACCAAAGAUGCCGUGCCGCGGCCAUCCACUGCUUUGGGAAAAAGCUAGCGUGCUCCCCUCCCCCAUGCUGUGUUAGGGAUGUUUAGGCCCUACUAGGAGCAAUUAGGGGCCGCCACAGGCUUGGGCUGAGAGGGGUUAGGCGGUAGUGACCUUAGGUAUCAGUAACUCACCCAACAGUGCAAAGGGAAAAGAUGGAGAGGCCUCCAUCGCCUUUCACCAAUGACAUCCGUAGCUGUAGUUUUGGUGGCUUCAUUAAGUCAGCUUCUACUUCGUAUUAGGAGAGCGUGCCAUACAACUCACAUAUGUGGAGAAACAUUUUUGAUUUGUUUAUCCUGGGUGUACUGAGCUACAAAAUAAGGUGCCAACAUGUGCUUGAGAUACAAAAUCGCUGAAACACUCAGUGUUGCACAGUGCACUAAUGCUAUAGCCAAAACAGGGCUCCACCCACCUGUCCGCACCAUUUUCUUUAGGAUGCAAUGGUGAAUGGUUUUUUCUUUCUGAAUUUAUAUAUCCCUAGACUCUAGAACUAAGGGAUUGUUAAAAAACAAACAAACAAACAAACAACCAGAAAGAAAUCUUCUACGGGGACACUUUUAAAACUACUAGCUUCAAUUGCCACUUGCAAAAUAUUCAGGAGUCAUCGUCUGCCCAUAAAUACGACGACACUCGCGCUCCUCCCCUCUCCCCAAAAGUCUGGAAGUGUAUGAGGCAGUAAGGAAGAAAGAGACACAAACAAGGGGAGGCAGGGGAGGGAGAGCUCUUCACUUGCCCCGUGGAGCAGUGGUUGUGGAAGGAGGAGUUUUUAAUAGUUGUGAACUGCUUGGGGAUCAUUAGUCAAAUUGCAUUUUCUAUACAUAAAAUACUAUGCUAACUGGGAAAGUGGAAAGAGAGGGGAAUUUGCCUCUUUUUUCUAACCCACCAAUUCAAAACCUGCCUUUCAGCUUAAGGAAUUUUUAGACUUAAGUUCACUGUGAUAUCCCCAGUGCCUAGAAGAGUGCUUAGCACAGAGUAGACAGUCAACAGAUAUUUGGUGGGUGAAUGCUUCCUACAUUAGCUAGAGAAAUUCACAAUCCACAUGAGUCCAAAAAUUUCCCUGGGAAUGCUCAUCACAGCACCCUUUGCUCCCAGGCUCACCAGUGAUACGAAUUGGAAGUAUCUAUUACCAGUCCCCUGUGCCCAAGUCUCUGGUGUUCUCUGAGCCAGGCGCCCUCAGCAGGCAUCUCACUCAAUUACAAAUAGUAAUUGUUUAGAAAGGCUUGAAAUUUUCUUCACUUCAAGGCAAGGAUUUUCAGUAUAAAAAUAAAUUCAUUCACUCAAAAAUUCAUUUGUGUGUAUAUGAGAGGCUACGCUCGAGACUGUGGGAGAUACAAAGACAUGAAUAAGACACAGUCCCUGACCUCAGGGAGCUUACAAUCUAGUGGGGGAGGUAAGAUAUAAGGCAUGUAGAGUGCUGCUUUUGGGGCAAAAAAAAAAAAAAAUCUAUAUCAAAUAGAAUUUUCUAGUUCUCUUUAUCCUAUAUUUUUCAUGACUCUAAAAUCAAGGUUUCAAUUAUUUAGCAGAAUUAUUAGAUUUUGUUUCCUUUUUCAUAUAUGCAGAAACAAUACUAAAAAGUAUAGGCAACUGUAAUAAAAUAGAAUGCAUUUCAUAUAGAGUGAAUCCUGUAAAAUGCCCUAUUUCCAUAAUGGCUUCUAUUACGAAAUCUCCUAUAACCAAAGGGAACUUUCUAAUUGCAGGAUUGCUCCUUCACAGUUGUACACCCAACCUCCCCAUCACAUUUAUUUCUGUAAACCCUAGACAGUUCUCCCAUGAAAGGAUAUUCUGCAUCUCUAUAUGUCUUAGCUUUCUGAAUAUUUUUUAAUCUGUUGCCUUUUAGUGUUCAACGGAGAACUGGGAUAAAUAUUAUAUUUGGCCUUUAGGUGGCGCUGACUGACCUAAAAUAUAAACAGCUCCCCUCAAAAUUUGAAAUUGAGCUAUUGGAUUAUGUUAAAGCAAGGUUUCCCAACCUCAGCAUUAUUGACUUUUGGGGCUGGAUAAUUCUUUGUUUGGGGGGACUGUCCUGUACUCUCUAGGAUGCUUAGUGGCAUCCCUGGCCUCUACUCACCAAAUGCCAGGAGCAUAGCAGUCCCUCCUGGGCUUGUGGCCACCCAAACCAUCCCCAGACAUUGCCAUAUGUUCUCUGAGAUGCAGAACCCCGCUUUGUUGAGAACCACUGAGUUGAACAAAUCUGCUAUGAGAAUUCGAUUACAAUGAGGAAUACUUAGCUGAGAAAUUUUAGUUCUGCUGGAUAUGUUUGGACUCAACAUUUCUAACAGAUUCAUCAUCUUCCCUUUUGUAAAUGAUUCUUCAACCUAGUUUAAUCAUUUCUAUUAAUGGCACCUAGUAAUCCAAAUAAAAAGCAUCCAAGCCUUUUUUUGUUUCCUCUAUCCAGUCAAUUGUUAAAUCCUAAUAAUUCUAACAUCUUUUUUUUUUUUACAUUCAUCCCUUCCUUCCCUUCCCUCUGCAGUUUUCCAGUCAGACUUUCAUUACUUUAUUAAUUUCCCUCAGUACUUCUGACCUCAACCAUAAUAAAAUACCUCUAAGUGGUCUUUCUGCCACUAGUCAUUGUUUCUCCACACUCAAGUCCAGCCCAAAUCUCAGCGUGAGCUCAUUCUUCCUUAAGUACUGCUCUAGUCAUAUUACUGCCCAAUUUCAAACCCCCAGUGGCUCCCUGGAUUUAACUCAGGUGCCAGCUGUCCUGCCCUGUGGCAUUCAAGGCUUGCUCAAGUAUGAUCCCAAAGCUCUUCAUCCAUUUCUCAGAAAACACACCCGAUGUGGCAGCAUACUUAACACAGGCCCCCUGCUUUCCAGCCCCAUGCCUCCCUUUUGCCUGUACCUGGAAACCUCUCUUCCUAGUCUACACCUAUGGAAAUCUUACCUGUUCCUGAAAGUCCAUCAAAGUACUGCCUCUGUGAAAUAUUUUCUGACUCCCCAGACCCCAACCAAAUACAAUUCUAUUUUCUUUGAAACCUUAUAGCAAAUGUCUUGAGUCUGGAAGAAGAGAACUUUGUAUAGUAUUUUAUGUAAAACACAGACUCUAUAUACCUGCCUGCCCCCUCCCCUUGCACUAACCCAGUCUUUCCUACACUAGAUUUUAGCUACCUGUUGGUAUGGACUGUGUCAAAAGUUUGCUGUGUACCUUUUAAGAGUAGGCACUCAAUAAAUAUUUAUUGACCUAAA